AAUUAACUACUAAGUACCUCUCUUAAAAACAAAGAUACCAAAUGUUGCCAUUUGGCCCAUUUUGCCUUCACACCUUACCCAACAGUUGGAAAACAGAGCAAGCAAAGCAAAAAGGAAUCCGAAUCUCUCUCCUCUUUCCCCCUGCUUCGCCCUCUCUUCUCCCACUUCUUCAUUCCAAGACCUCAACUUUUGCAUUUCCUCUUCUUCAGAUCCCAAAUUUCCUUCCUCCAUUUCAACAAUGGCAGUCGCUCUCUAAAACCCAUUUCUUACCGGGAACUGUUGCUCUGUUUGUUCGGCGGCUCCUCUGCUCCACAAAUUUCCUCUCAGCUCCGCCGCCGCCGCCAUGCCGGGACUCGCCUCAGUCAAAACCCCACCGGGCACUCCGCAGCUCACCCUCUCCGUCCCCAGUCCCCAACCCGCCGGAGCCUCAUCUCUGACCCGACCCGAAUCCUCCCCUGUCCCACGAACCCCCAACAAAAAACACCCAUCCCCUUCUCCUUCCCGAUCCAAGCUCUCACCGGCCCGCUCCGCCAAAAAACCCGCCCCGUCGGACUCCCCCAACCCGCUGCUUCAGGCCGAUGCCUCCCUCGACAACCCGGAUCUCGGCCCGUUCCUCCUGAAGCUUGCUAGGGACACGAUUGCUUCAGGGGAAGGGCCUUCCAAGGCCCUGGAGUACGCAAUCCGGGCGUCCAAGUCGUUCGAGAGAUGCGCCGUCGAAGGCGAGCCGAGCCUGGACUUGGUCAUGAGCUUGCACGUUCUGGGCGCGAUUUAUUGCAGCUUGGGGAAGUUCGAGGAGGCGGUGCCGGUGCUGGAGAGAGCGAUCACUGUGCCGGAAUUGAGCCGGGGAACUGAUCACGCUCUGGCGGCUUUCUCUGGGUAUAUGCAGCUGGGAGAUACUUACUCCAUGAUUGGGCAGGUGGAUAAGUCGAUCCAUUGCUACGAGGAAGGGUUGAAGAUCCAGAUCGAGUCAUUGGGAGACACUGAUCCCCGAGUUGGAGAGACUUGCAGGUACUUAUCUGAAGCGCACGUUCAAGCCAUGAACUUCGAGAAAGCGGAGGAACUGAGCAAGAAAACACUUGAAAUCCAUCGUGCGCACAGCGAGCCAGCUUCGAUCGAGGAAGCAGCCGAUCGGAGACUGAUGGCACUCAUCCAUGAGGCCAAGGGAGACUACGAGGCGGCGCUUGAACACCUGGUCCUCGCCAGCAUGGCAAUGAUUGCAAAUGGACAAGACAACGAGGUUGCCGCCAUCGACAUCAGCAUCGGCAACAUCUACAUGUCCCUGUGUCGAUUUGACGAGGCAGUGUUCUCAUACCAGAAGGCUCUCACAGUAUUCAAGUCGUCUAAAGGUGACAACCACCCAUCGGUAGCCUCAGUGUUCGUGCGCCUUGCUGACUUGUACCACAGGACUGGAAAACUCCGAGAGUCCAAAUCUUACUGCGAGAAUGCUCUCAGGAUAUAUGCAAAACCUGUUCCUGGGACCACAGGGGAAGAGAUCGCCUCUGGUUUGACCGAGAUCUCGGCUAUUUAUGAGUCUGUGGAUGAACCCGAGGAGGCCUUGAAGCUUCUGCAGAAGGCGAUGAAUUUGUUGGUGGAUAAACCAGGGCAGCAGAAUACCAUUGCAGGUAUUGAAGCAAGAAUGGGGGUGAUGUUUUACAUGCUUGGUAGGUAUGAAGAUGCAAGGGCAUCUUUCGAGGGGGCAGUGAGUAAGCUUAGGGCAAGCGGAGAGAGGAAGUCUGCUUUCUUUGGGGUUGUGCUGAACCAGAUGGGCUUGGCGUCUGUUCAGCUGUUCAAGAUCGAUGAAGCUGCUGAGCUGUUUGAAGAAGCUAGGGCGAUACUGGAGCAGGAGUGUGGUCCAUGUCAUCAGGAUACUCUCGGCGUGUAUAGCAAUCUUGCUGCAACUUACGAUGCUAUGGGAAGGGUGGAAGAUGCCAUUGAGAUCUUGGAAUACGUUCUUAAACUGAGAGAAGAAAAGCUUGGUAUUGCUAACCCUGAUUUCGAAGACGAGAAGAACAGGCUAGCGGAGCUCCUGAAGGAAGCAGGCAGGGCUAGGAACAAGAAGGCCAAGUCCCUGGAAAACUUGAUAGAUCCCAGCUCGAAGAGGACUGCUACGAAGAAAGAAUCAUCGACGAAGAAAUGGGGAUUCAGGAUUUGAGAGCCAUGUUUUCUGUUCUGUGUAUCUUUCACACCUCCCUCCCCACCAGCAAAUGCUUUCCUCUUAUUUAUCUACUAAAUCUUUUUCACAUUGUGCCAAUGCAUUUCUGUAACAUAGGGAAAAAAAUCAUUUGUAUAGUUUGUAAUCUGGGUGAGCCUUUUUUCCUUCUCUUUCCCACUGCAGUUUGCUUGUUUUGCUGUUUGGUACUUCAGUUGGUUGGUUUUGUUAAUUUGGUUACACUAUUCACUGGUUUGUGCCUACUUGUGUGUUCACUUCCCCAGUAAAAAAGGAAUGUUUGAUUUGGUGAAGACGUGAAGUAAAUGUUUGGUACUGUUUCUCGUGUUCACUUGUUAUUGCAUUGUAUCAAUCAGCUGCAGCAUUGGGUAGUUUGACAACAAAACGGAUCAGGUCAAUUCUUCAUCUUAUAUUGAGAGACGUUUUAAUUGAUUAAAAUUCCGAAUGCAAAAAAUUGGAAAUCGAUCGAUGAGAGCUAAGGGCCUGAUUCUGCGGCGAACUCACAUAUUGUUGGGCCGGUGGAUCAUAUAUUUAGAUGCCUUUUACACCCCAGAAGUCGGUUGAACAAAAUGAUUAUUAUUUAUUUUAAAUUAAUUAAGUAAUAGUUCGUUUACCCUAUGCAUUCUUUACUUCUUAAAUGUUGUCGAAAGCUGUCGGUGGGAUUGUUACUCGAAAAUGAAUUCUUUAAAAUAUCACAUUUUUUUAAUAAAAAAUAUUAUCUAAAUUUUGAAUUAAUCAGAUUUUGAAGUAUGAUAUCAUUCUCUAAUUCUUAAUGAGUAAACAUAACAUACCGUUUGGUAGAAAUGAAUUUCAUAAGUUCUGAGAAAUUCAUUUUGAAAUGAAACAUUUUUGUGUUUGGUAUUCAAAAGAAUUCAUUUUCAAUUCUAAAUUUUGAAUUCUAUGGAAUUGGAACUAGUUAUAGCAAUUCCGAGGAAUUGAGAUGGAAUUUCCAAAUGAAUUCCACAAGUAUUUACUAAUUAUAAUAGAAUGACAUAAUUAUCCUUGUUUAUUAACUAAAUUACUUAUACAUAUGACAUACCAAACACAAGAUUUCAUUUGACAAUGAAUUCAAUAUGAUUAUUCAUUUUACAAUGAAAUGAAUUCUCGAUUUCAUUUGACCUCUCUUGCAUGACAGAUGGGUGUUUGGUGGGUCAAGAGGUGUGUGUUGAGGCAGCUUGUAUGAAGCCCAAAAUUUCAUUAUUUAAGCCUAGCUUAAACCAAUUUAAAUAAUAUGAUUAAAGGGUUGUUUGCUUCAAGGAUUUGGUACAUGGAUUUGGUACCAAAAAACCAACUAUCAAGGAUUUAGGUACAAUCCGUUGUUUGCUUGCACCUUUUUUGGAGACCAAAUCCGUGGGGCCCACGGAUUUUAAGUGUCCAAAUCCGUGGACCCCACGGACUUAUAAAUCCCACAUGUUGAUGUGGGAUUUGGAAUAUGGCAUAAAUCCUUGAUGAGAUUUUACCCAUAUACCCUCAUGCACUUUUAAUAUUCCAAGGUUGCCCUCAAAUUUAACUAUUAUACAUUAUAAUUAACAAUAAAUGAAUAACAUAAACGUUCAAUUAAUGUGCAUACUUGAGUUAGAUUUUUUAUAUAAUUUCUUGUGUUCUAGUUUUCUUUGACCUUUUCAUGGAACGUGUAAUUCUUUGUUCUCCCGAUUCUAAUAUAUGUUGUUAUAUGUUACUUUUGAAAAGGAGGACAAAGAAUUGGUGAUUGAUUAUGUUACGUUAAAAGUUAAAACGGAAUUUUCUCGUUUAUUAUUAUUGUCCAUGUGGCAACAUUAUGCUUAUUAGUAUGUAUUAUCCUUGUUUUGUGUACAUAUCAUAAACAUGUCAAACAUAUAGAAAAGGGCAGUAAUGUAAUUUUUGAUUUCAAGUAGUAAAUCCCACACCUUUAAAUCCAUGAUAAAAACAUCCCAACAAACAAAGGAUUGUUACAAAUCCAUGAUGCCUCAAAUCCUUGAUAAAUCCUUUGGUUUUUAAAUUACAAAACCCUCAUUUUUAAAUCCACGAAGCAAACGACCCCUAAGUUGGCCUUAUAAACCAUUGCCAACUCCUUGAAAAUAACAAUGUGGUAUCCUGAUUUUUUAGUGGUAAAACAGAUACACCAUAUUUACCAAGGUUGUCAACCCGUGGGUCGACCCACUUUGACCCUGGUCCGGUGAGAAAAACGGGCCGCACGCACCCGCCAGGUCGACCGCUACAUGGUACCGGGUUGGAGGUCAAAUUGUGUCAUUUUUUUCUUUGGUUUGCGAAAUGCGCCUAUUUUCCGAUUUUUCUUUUCGCAUAACACAAUCUUUGGAAUCCUAAGUUAAACAUUUGAAUAUUGAUGUUAUCUAAGUGUGUGUGAAUUUUCACUACAUGUUGGAUCUAAAUACGACAUGUUAUUUUGAUGGAAUAUUAUAUGUUAUAACUCAUAUGUUAGAUGAAAUUUGAUAUAAUUUAUCAGGAUAAGUACAAUAUAAUGACUAUUUUCAUAUUUCCGGGCUAAAACGGGUGACCCAGCAACCCUUGACCCACUAGCUCGAUCGGGUCCGGAUCAGCCCGCUGGUUGAUAACCUUGAUAUUUACCAUAGUUAAGAUACAAACUUACAGAAUCACAUAUUUAUCACCACAUCCGAACAAACAACAAUCAUCCAAACCCAAAAGAAGAGAGGCGGAGCAACACGUUUUCGGUUUGGAUUUUUAUAAAAGAUAAUUAAAUUAUAGGAUUAAC